UUCAAAAUUCAUCCAUACGCAAGAAUCCUUAGCCGAGGGUCCAAAGUGCCCAUAUGUUCCACUUGCCUGUCAAACCUAAGAUAUCGCUGCUAUGCCAGCAAUUGCAAGAAAGAGAAGGAACCACCGAAGUUCCGGCUGGACCGUGGACCAUUCGCCUCCCAGUUGGAUUACCAGUCGCGACUGCAGUUCCAAGCACCUGCCCUAAGUAUCCCCCUCAGCAGCAUCAUAUGCACCAUUGGACCCUCAUCCAACUGCCCAGAAGUGCUCCUAGAGCUCAUCCGGGCAGGGAUGCGGGUGGUGCGUAUGAACUUCUCUCACGGCACUCACGAGUACCACUGCCAGACUAUACAGGCGGCUCGUAAGGCCAUUGCCAUGUACGUGGAGCAAACGGGUCUGCCCAGAACCUUGGCAAUUGCACUGGACACCAAGGGUCCGGAGAUCCGGACGGGAAAACUGGCCGGUGGCGAUGAUAGAGCUGAGAUAGAGCUAAAGGCCGGAGACAAAGUGACAUUGAGCACUAAGAAGGAGCUGGCAGACAAGAGCACUAAUGAGAAUAUCUACGUGGAUUAUCAGAGAUUACCUGAACUGGUCAAACCAGGAAAUCGCAUCUUUGUAGACGAUGGAUUGAUUGCAUUGGUUGUGAAGGAAUCAAAGGGAGGGGAAGUGAUCUGCCAGGUGGAGAACGGUGGAAAACUGGGCUCCCACAAGGGAAUCAAUUUGCCAGGUGUUCCCGUGGAUCUUCCCAGCGUAACGGAGAAGGAUAAGCAGGAUCUUAAAUUUGGGGCUGAGCAGAAAGUGGACAUUAUCUUCGCAUCGUUCAUCCGAGACGCAAAUGCUCUGAAAGAAAUCCGCCAAGUACUUGGACCGGCGGCGGAGUGUAUAAAGAUCAUCUCUAAGAUUGAAAACCAACAAGGUCUGGCUAACAUAGACGACAUUAUCCGUGAAUCAGAUGGCAUAAUGGUGGCCCGAGGUGAUAUGGGCAUUGAGAUACCCACGGAGGAUGUUCCCCUGGCCCAGAAAUCGAUUGUGGCCAAGUGCAACAAGGUAGGCAAGCCUGUGAUCUGUGCCACCCAGAUGAUGGAGUCGAUGACGACCAAGCCGCGACCCACUCGAGCGGAAGCCUCAGAUGUGGCCAACGCUAUUUUCGAUGGGUCCGAUGCCGUGAUGCUGUCCGGCGAAACGGCCAAGGGAAAGUAUCCGGUGGAGUGCGUGCAGUGCAUGGCCAGGAUCUGUGCCAAGGUCGAAGCAGUUCUGUGGUACGAAAGCCUGCAGAACAGUCUUAAAAGGGAAAUCCGAACCAGUGCCGCCGACCACAUUUCGGCUGUUACCACGGCGAUCGCGGAGGCGGCCACAGUGGGUCAAGCCCGGGCGAUUGUGGUGGCCAGUCCGUGCUCCAUGGUCGCCCAAAUGGUCAGUCACAUGAGGCCGCCGUGUCCCAUUGUGAUGCUCACGGGUAGCCAAUCCGAGGCGGCGCAAUCUCUGCUCUUUCGAGGCGUCUACCCACUCCUCGUCGAGGAAAUGGUUAUUGGCAGCUUUAACUUUCGACGCAUCAUGCAGUCGGGUCUGAAGCUGAUGGGCAAGAUGGACAUCCUGGAGCCGGGUCAGAAGGGAUCGGUGGUGCUGGUCAAUGCCAUGUCGGCGGAAAAGAUCACCUUCCGCCUGUUCACCAUCCGUCAGCAGACCAAGGAAGAACGGGAUCAGGAGGAGCGAUGCCGACAACUGGCCCUGGAGCAGAUCUGCAAGGAGAGAGCUGAAAAGGAGGCCUGCAGAAAGCUCCAGGAAGCGGAGGAAUGUCGGAAGAAAAAAGAGGCAGAAAAAUGUAAGCAGUCCGAAGAGAAACCAAAGCCUUGCCCGAAGAAUAAAUGUCCAAGGCAGGAUGAUAAAAUCUCAAAAUGCAUGCAAGUGCAAGCGAAGGCUGAGGAAAGAACGUGCAAAGAAGAGUUUGAACAGAUGUGCAAGUUUGCUGAAGAGAAAGAGGAAGACGCUGAAAAAUGCAGGAAAGCGGAAGAAGAACGACAGAAAGAGGAAGCUGAAAAGUGUAGGAAAUUGGAAGAAGAAAGGAAAUGCAAGUUGGCUGAAGAGAAGAAAAGAAAUGAGGAGGAACUUAAGAUAAUAGAAGCAGAAGUGGCCAAGCUGGAAGCAGCUGAGAAGGCCAAGCGUUUGAAGGAGGAAGAGGCAAAGAAAGCGGAACUAAUGAACUGCAAAAAAAUGAAUGAAGCGAAAAAGAAGAAGGAACAGGCUGAAAGGUGCAAGAGGGAGCAAAGGGAAAGGGAGCUAGCUGAAAUGGAAAACAAAUGGAAGCAGGUUGCGGAGAAAAGGAAGAGAAAGAGGGAAGCAGAGAUGUGCAGGAAAAUUGAGGAGGAAAAAGAGAAAGCCCAGGCAGAAUCGGCCGAUAAGCUUCUAAAAGCCGUGUGUGAAAAACUAAAGCAAUCUCUCUCGGAUACUGACAACUCAAAAAAGGGCAAGAAAUAGAGUGGAAACUUGUGGCAGAUUCAUAUGGAAUUUUUUAGGCUUAAAAUGCAAUGUUACACACUGAAUUCCAAAUUAAAUAAAUUUGAUUUUCUUAAAACUUUGAGAAAA